CAUAUUGUGUUUGGAAUUUGGAAACUUCUCCAUAUUGUCUUUCUUCAGUAGUGACCAUAGCUAUGGCGAUGCAACAGCAUUUGUAUAUAAGGGAACAUCAUCGCCAUCCUAUAACAGCUCUUGGCUACCAUGCAGCUCGACGUGAGUGCCUCACUGGCUUCGAGGAUGGAGUGAUCAAAUGGUGGGACAUGGACAAUGGCCGCAUGUCUUUGUGCACCAAGGAGCAUGCUGGCCGGGUCACACAGUUCCUGUCUUGGAUACAGGCACGUCUCCUGUUCUCUGCCUCCAAUGAUAGCUCUGUGAUUGUGUGGGCUCCAGGAGGCACAGUCCUUGACCGUAUUCAGCUAGGCUACCCCAUCUUUACCUUGGCAAUCAGCCUGGCUCGCCACCUACUGCUGUGUGGGAGCAAGGGACGUCUGGUGGCCUUCCCCUUGGAUGAAAGGAGAGAGUCUGGGCAUGCAGUCAACCUGAGCCAGGGCUUUUCAGACCAGACCCACACAGAUAUCGUGUCCUGCAUUGCCUGUUUAGACAACAAUAUAUAUACUGCAGGGUAUGACAAGAGGCUGCUGAUCUUUGACACAUACCAGUCUCCGAGCAGGAAAGGCCUAACAACCAAGCACUGUAUCUCACAUGCCCACAAGGCAGCCAUCACCCAUCUGCUGCUAGUGCGCCAGCAAGAAACCACACGAAUGCUCUCAGGUUCUUUUGAUCAGACAGUUGGAAUCUGGUCCCAGGAUGGGCAGCUGAUCCAUCGCCUUGGCCCAUUCACCAGUAACAUUACGGCACUGUGCUAUGUGGCAACUGUUGGCAUUGUCUGGAUCGCCAGUGGCACAUCUCAACCCACACUCUAUGAGCCCCAAUCUGGGGAGAUAGUUUCACAAUUCAUAUCCACAUUUCGAGGCCAGCAGAUAGAGGGGCUUGUUCUUCAGCAGCUUCUCAGCCUACCAGACUCCAGGCAUGUAAUUGGUUCAGCAAAGCCCCAGCAAAUGUUGGUCUGGCGCUACAGUGAGUUGGGGUGCCUGAUUGUGCUACCUUGCAAACACCCAGUGGAGUGCCUUGCUUAUGCUAAGAAGGAGCCCAUUCUGCUCUUCAGUGGAGACAGCAGUGGGGUGCUGCAGAAAUGGGAGAGGAGCUACGUAUCCCCUUUCAUCUACAGCAUGGAGUCCUUCCACAUCAGUGGAGCAAACCUGGAGCGACGAGGCCCCUUUGCACAGCAGGUGGAGAAGAGCUGCAAGGGGGAGCCCCAGCUGCGUCCACGUUCCCCUCUAAAAUGGGGAAAGGCUUCUAGUAGACAUCAGAGUGGCUACAGCCCAUUCCGGACCACAGCCAAGGACACACAUAAAGAAAACAUAGGCUUUGUGAGGGCUGUCUUCGCCGAGGAGCUGGAUAUUCUGGUGGUGUCUGCAACGAAUGGAAACAUUUAUCUCUGGGAGUUUGAGAGCUUCAUCCCAGACACCAAAUCCCCUGGUCAGGACCAAGACUCCAGAACCCCAGCACCACCCUGUGCCCAAGAUGAGAUGGUUCAGGACCCUUCAAGCAAGUGUGUAGCAGGUUUUGCCUGCAGAACUGUGCUGUGUGGGCACACAGGCAUGGUGACAGCACUCACCUUGGCAGGCACUGACACCACCAUCUGUUUCCCCUACUUACUCAGUGGGGGAUGGGAUGGAAGGCUGUGUCUCUGGGAUCUACAGAACCACUCCUUGCAAAACGAGUUUUCCAGUAUACCUGGGAACAAUGGGCCCAUCCUUGAUAUGGCCUACUCCCCAAAGAGGAGAGAAUUUGCUUUAUCUUUUAGCACUGGCAGGAUUUUUAUCUGUGCCUUCAAUCCUCACUGUAUCAAUCUGGUUCUUCUGGCUGAACUUGGGCACCAAGCUAGUGCUGUAGCCUUGGUUUGGCAUCCAUUGGAGGAUAAGUGGGUCAGUGGUUCUGAAGAUGGCUCCAUUCAUCUCUGGAGUGAAGAUGGUGGAUGCUGCUUGAAGGACCUGAAAGCGCCCAGAGGAAUCACUUGCCUUUGCAUCGACCAGGCCAAUGGCUGCAUUGUUGCUGGGGUCCAUGAUACCAUCAGAGUUUAUGACCCAAACUCUGGGGUGCAGGUACAAAGUCACACAGGGCAUCAAGACUCCAUCAAGGGUGUCAUCCAUGUCCCGGAAAUGGAACAGUAUGUGUCUGUCUCAUUGGAUGGCACAGUGUGCAUGUGGAAGGCCUACCAUCAGGGGGACUAACUGAUGACUCUGGUUAGGUGCUGACUUUAUUCUUAUGCUGCAUGUUAACAGGAACCUGGAAGUUAAGAAACUCAGCUUUGUUAUUACACCUGAAAGCUUGAAAAUACAUGAGUGGGCCGUGCAAAAUGUUCAGAAAC